UUGUUCAAGCAGUUGACAUGCACCAGGCAUUGAAUUUGUCAGGGUCUUCAAUCAAAGAAAUACCAAACGAGGUAGGGAAAUUGAUACAUUUGAGGCACCUCAAUCUGGAAUUUUGUGGAGAGUUGGGGUCCCUGCCAGAAACCAUGUGUGAUUUAUGCAAUCUGCAAUCCCUAGACGUUGCUUGGUGUCGUUCUCUCAGGGAAUUGCCCAAGGCGAUUGGAAAACUUAUCAAAUUGAGGCAUCUCUGGAUUAAUGGUUCAGGAGUGGCCUUCAUACCAAAGGGAAUAGAGAGGAUAACAUGUCUUCGAACAUUAGAUAAGUUUAUUGUGUGUGGUGGUGGUGAGAAUGAAAGUAAAGCAGCUAAUCUAAGAGAAUUAAAAAACUUAAAUCACAUUGGAGGGAGUCUUGAGAUACGGAACCUACGGGGAGGUGUAGAAGAUGCGAGUGACGCUGCAAAAGCACAACUCAAGAAUAAGAAACGCCUGCGUUGUUUGCUAUUGGCUUUCGACGGAGAGAAAACAGAGUUGCAAGCAAAUGAAGGCUCUUUAAUUGAAGCUUUACGGCCUCCGUCAGACUUGGAAGAUCUAACCACAUAUGGGUACGGAGGGUUGGAUUUGCCAAAUUGGAUGAUGACAUUAACCAGAUUACAGGUGCUUACACUCCGUUAUUGUGAAAACGUGGAGGUCUUGCCUCCGUUGGGGAGAUUGCCCAACCUUGAAAGCCUGGAAUUGAGGUCGUUGAAGGUGAGAAGGUUGGAUGCUGGAUUUUUAGGUAUAGAAAAAGAUGAGAAUGGCAGUAUUAAUGAUGGAGAUAUUGCAAGGGUCACUGCUUUCCCCAAAUUAAAAAAACUUGAGAUUUGGAAUCUCACAGAAGUAGAAGAGGGGGAUGGAAUUGAAAGGAGAUCAGUGGGAGGAGAAGAUGCCACCACAACUUCAAUAUCCAUUAUGCCACAACUUCGACAGUCGACAAUUCGUAAUUGCCCGUUGUUGAGAGAACUACCAGACUAUGUCUUGGCAGCGCCUCUACAGGAAUUACACAUAAGGAGUUGCCCCAAUUUAAGGAAACGUUACGAGGAGGAGAUGGGUGAAGAUUGGCAAAAGAUUUCUCACAUCCCAAACAUUUGUUUUGAUGAUUGGGUGAGGAAGGUUGAGUGCUUAAGUGGCAAAAGAACUCUUUAG